CGUCGAAGAGACCGGCAGCAUCCGUCCAUGGCGUCCGCGGGGCCGGCGCUGCUGUGGGGCGCGCUUCUGGCCCUGGCAUCAGCCACGCCGCGGCCGGGCGGGACCCUCCAGCUAGCGGGCGUCGCCGUGGAAUCGGCGACGGCGACCUCGGAGGGAGCUGCGACUCCGCCGUUCGACCCGUCGUUUCGCCGGCGCGGGACCCCCGGCGUGUCGGGGCUGGAACACGCGGUCCCGACGGCGGAGACCUCGACUCCUGAGCCGACAUCUCGGCGCGGCGGCUUCGCGGACGCGGCAGCGGAGGACGAAUGUGUGGAGGAGGACACCGCGGCAGCCGCGCCGUCGCUCGACCGAGCGGGCGACACCUGGACGACGGCGUAUUCGCCGGUCACGACGGACUACCCGGCGCGUCGCGACCCCAAAGUACUGAAUUUCUUCCCAAUCCCUGUGAGUGAAGAAUGUGUGUCGAAUGAUAAUAGGAGGAUUGGGACGUGCCUCAACACCUACGAGUGCCGCAUCCUGGAAGGGGAGUCCCACGGACCUUGCGCCUUGGGCUUCGGAGUCUGCUGCGUGUUCACUGUUUCCUGCGACAGGGAGGUUUCAAACAACGUUACUUAUUUCCUCAGCCCAAACUUCCCGGAACUGACAAGAGAUGUCGGCACGUGUUCUAUCCAAGUGAAGAAAAUGGCUCCUGAAAUCAGCCAGCUGCGGUUGGACUUUAUACAUCUUAACAUGGGCCAGCCCAACCGGCGCACCGGGGUCUGCGACUCGGACGCCCUCGUGGUGUCUGGCGGCUCGGGCGCGGACCUGCGCCUCUGCGGCCAGAACAGCGGCCACCACGUGUACUACGACGUGGAGAACACGAACGACUCGAUUGUCAUCGCGGUGAACCUGACGAAGCCAAACGUGUUCCGCCUGUGGGAGAUCAAGGUGACGCAGGUGGAGUUCAACCAGCGCGCUCCCGCGGGCUGCCUGCAGUACUACCAAGGGGCUUCUGGAGUCAUUCAGACGCUGAAUUUCGCUGACAACGGCCGACACUUGGCGGAUCAAGACUACCUCAUCUGCAUGCGACAGGAAGAAAAGAUGUGUUCGAUCGUGUACGAGCCCUGCGACGAGAACUCCUUCAAGAUCGGCCCUGACCCGCCUCAGACAGCAUAUGACGGGUCGGGCUACGGCGCAGACGACGAGGCGCAGAGGGACUGCGCAGACAGGAUAGUCAUGCCCUGCGACUCGGAGGACUUCAUCAUGCCCAAAGACAGCGGCGGCUCCAGCGCCUGCGACCUCCUGCACUGCGGCUCGUCCUUCUGCUCGGCCGGCGAGAGUCCGUGUCGGAUCGAGAGCAGCACCCUGCCUUUCAACAUCCGGGUGCAGUUCGGGCCGGGAGACAAGGAGGAGUCCCCCGACGACAACCUGGGCAUGUGUCUGCGCUACGAGCAGCAGCCGUGCGCCCCCUAGCGCCCACGUGCCCACGUGCCCACGUGCCCCCCCUCCCCCACCACGCACGUCCCGGAACUAUGUGGCACGCGAUCGCGCAGUUUGUGAGGACGAUCUGGAAAGAAGAAAAAAAGAAACAAGUCAGCUAAGCCCGAGCAGUCCUGCACUGCGCAGUCCCACCUCGUGACGUCAGUCCAGUACACAGUUGACGCUGCAGAACCAUGUCUCGCGACGGCAUGGGAAGAGCUCACAAAAACGUAUACGAAUCAGAACAAAGGUAAAAAAAAAAAAGUGACGAGUGAGAUUUACCAAAAAAUAAUAAUAUAAACUAGAAUACGAGUGUUUUACAGAAACAACAAAAAAAAUUGUUAUGCCCAGUUAAACAGGGAAUCAACAUAUCACUUCUAAGUCGAUACAUAAACAUUUGUAAUGAAAAUAAUAUUGCUGAUCAAGUUGUGAAAUAUUUUGUAAAAAAAUGUAUUUAUUUUACUUAUUGUAAAUAUUUUCUUGUAAACAUUUGUUCUUAGUGCAAAAAUAUAGUAGUAAUUUUUUUUUUAGCAAAA